AUGAACUGCCUGAAAGAGCCGCUGAGCUUGGAGCGGCUGGGAGCCGGGAAUAAACUGUGCUCCACCUCCCCAUCUUCCACCUCGUCCUCCGCCUCGGCCUCCUCCUGCCACCACCACCACCACCACCACCACCAGCCGGCUCUGGUCAUGGCUUCAGCCCUGACUCCCGGGCAGCCGCGAUCGGCCUUGGAUUCUGCCAAACACCGGCUGGAGGUGCAUACCAUCUCGGACACCUCCAGCCCCGAGGCCGCAGAAAAAGACAAAAGCCAGCCCAGCAAGAAUGAGGACGCGGGCGCCGAGGAUCCGUCCAAGAAGAAGCGGCAGCGGCGGCAGCGGACUCACUUCACCAGCCAGCAACUGCAGGAACUGGAGGCCACUUUCCAGAGGAACCGCUACCCGGACAUGUCGACGCGAGAGGAGAUCGCCGUGUGGACCAACCUCACGGAGGCCAGAGUCCGGGUUUGGUUCAAGAACCGCCGGGCCAAGUGGCGGAAGCGGGAGCGGAACCAGCAGGCGGAGCUGUGCAAGAACGGCUUCGGGCCGCAGUUCAACGGGCUGAUGCAGCCCUACGACGACGUGUACCCGGGCUACUCGUACAACAACUGGGCCGCCAAGGGGCUCACGUCGGCCUCGCUGUCCACCAAGAGCUUCCCCUUCUUCAACUCCAUGAACGUCAACCCGCUGUCCUCGCAGAGCAUGUUCUCGCCGCCCAACUCCAUCUCGUCCAUGAGCAUGUCGUCCGGCAUGGUGCCGUCGGCGGUCGCCGGCGUGCCGGGCUCGGGCCUCAACAGCCUCAACAACUUGAACAACCUGAGCAACCCCUCGCUCAACUCGGCCGUGCCCACGCCCGCCUGCCCCUACGCGCCGCCGACGCCCCCCUACGUUUACCGGGACACGUGCAACUCCAGCCUGGCCAGCCUGAGACUCAAAGCCAAGCAGCACUCCAGCUUCGGCUACGCCAGCGUGCAGACCCCGGCCUCCAACCUGAGCGCCUGCCAGUACGCCGUGGACCGGCCCGUGUGA